GCUGCCGGGAGGGCGGCAGCUCGGCUCCAGCCGCGGCUCCGCCGGUAACCAAGGCGCUGCCAGGCACAGGCGCAAACAGCCGCGCACGGAGCGGGCUCGGGGCCGCCUUUGCAGCCUUUCCCCUUCCUCCCUGCACCAUGCUCCGCUGCCGGCGCAGCCCGCCCGCUGCUCCCUGACUGGGGCACAGAGCCUGCUGCUGCUCCGGCACCCGCCCACCGACCCUCGCUUACCCGAGUUAGCUCCAUCCCGGGGACUACGGGCAGCGUCUUCCCUCCGCCCGCUCCCCGUUGUGGCAGCCCUUGGGCGGCGGGGGAGUGAGCUGCGAGCAGCUCGGAGGGGACUGCAGCCGCCGCGGGGGAAGAGGAGCUGCAGCCGCCGCCUCCGGAGCUCUUCAUGGCGGCUCACCAGCAAACCAGGAUCCAAGCCUACCUGGAGAAGAACAAGAUCGGGCCCCUCUUCGAGGAGUUGAUGACCAAGCUGAUAACAGAGACCCCUGACCAGCCAAUCCCAUUUCUAAUUGAUCACCUUCAGUCCAAACAGGGGAACCGUGGGCAGCUCCAGAGGACCCUGUCUGGCUCUGCUGCCCUUUGGGCAGAGACUGAAACCCCAGAAAACAAGGGAACAAGGAGAGAUUUUAGAAGCUAUGAUAAACCUUGGCAGGUAAAUGCAAAGAAGCCUAAGAAGUCCAAGAGUGACCUUGCUGUGUCCAACGCUUCCCCACCCUCGCCGGAGUCCAAGUCAUUGCCAAGGUCAAUAGAGCAUCCUAAGUGGGACUGGAGGACAAACCCGGAGAGCCAGGAUUUUGAUGAACUAAAUCAUAUCCUGCAGGAGAGCAGAAAGCUUGGAAAAGCCCUUGAGAAUCUCUCUCGCAGCAUUGCUCUUUCUGAUGAACUGGAUAAGGACAGUGCAGGUUUCAACACCCCCAUCCUGAGGCCUCGAGUGAUUGGGGAAUGGAUUGGCCGUGAGGAGAACGACGCCGACCCCCUGGCCGCGGAGAUGCUGCAGCCCCCAACGCCCAGGAGCAAAAACGAGCAGUGGGACAGUGAGGACAGCAGCAGCCCUGGAGGCAGCUUGAAAAUGGAGCCAAAGAGCAAAGGACUGAAGCAGCAGCAGCAGCAGCACAAGAAGCUGCUGGCUGCCAUGCUCUCACAGGACUCCUUCGACUCUGCCCAGAGCACAGCUCCCUCCGUCACCGAGGAGGACAUCGACAACGAGGAUGAUGCGAUGGAGCUGCUGGAGGAUCUGGAUGACCUGAGAAUGGAAGGAGUCACAAGUGUGAUGUCUUCUGGGAGCAAAUUCAAUCCAGCCCGGAGCACUCACCUGGCAGAGCCUCAAGCCAAGGUGACACUGAACAUCUGUGCCAGGUGUGCCAGAUUGCAGGGAGAGAACUUGGCAGAGAGGCCAGAGGAUGUCUCCAUGGUAUCCCAAACAGCUGAGCCAGCAGUGCCAGACUCUGAUGCUCAAGUUCCCGGGGUGGAAGCACUUCCCGAAGAUAUUGAUGAGUUUCAGAGUGGCUCUCAAGUGGCAGGAUAUGCUCAGGCAGUUUGGACCCUGGAUGCUGUGGGUGUCAGGCCUGGAGGUUCCCCAAGGCAGAAGCUCCUGAAGGAUUCCUUAGCAGCAAAAGAACUUCAGAGCAUGGAGAAGCACCUUGCUGACAUCGAGAAGGACCUGGCGCUGUGGGAGGAAGCGAGGCUCUCGAGAAGCCCUGCUGCCCAGCACGCCCCUGGAGCUGCCUCUGACCAUCCAGGCAAUCUCCAAGCCGCGCAGAGCCAGGCUGCGCGGCCUCAGCUGCCAGCUCCCACGGGGAAGAACGCUCAGCUGCAAGGGAGCAAGUCCCCCCCGCCGCCCAGCAGCAGGGCACAGGUCUGCAGCGCGGCCGGCGGCAGGUCCCCGGCGCCUGGCACGCAGCCCAGCAAGCCACCGACCCCCUCCACGGCAGGCAGCAGGCCCGGGACCCCCAGCAGCCUGCAGCCACGGCCGCUGACCCCCGGCAGCCAGGGCAGCAGGGAGGGCACCGUUAGCAUGCAGAGGAGCAGAUCCUUGACAUCGAAGAGCCAAAUGGGGAGGACCCUGAGCGCGGCGUCGGGGCUGGCCGUGCAGCUGGGCGGGGACAUGGUCGGCACUGUCACCACCCAGAGGAGCAGUUUGUCAGAAGGUAAUUUUUUCCCCUGCCAGACCUGCAGUGUGGAGCAGUCCCUCCCUCUGCAUCUUCUGUAGUGGUUUUGGGACCCGCUGGGAUGAUCAGCAGGGCUGUGCUGGGUGGAGACAGGCUUUGCAGAGCACCAAGCUGGGCUGCAGUGAGGAAGGUCCAACCUCCCUGAGGCGCUGCCCAGUGCUGUGAGCAUCUGAAGCAGGCUGGGGCUGAGCCUCAACACUUCCUCUCCCCUAGCAGUGGCUUUCAGUGGUCUUUGUUCCAAACAAGAAGUUAAAUACCGUCUCAAUUUUGCUAACCUUGGCUGCCUUAAAGACCACUCUGGUGUGUAGGCAGUGGGAAUAAAGGCACUUGACUCAGAUCCAUGCCUUACAGAGGUGAGUUUCUCUCAGGUAAAGCCUGUCUCUAGUACCUGCUUCUCUCUGGGUUGCUCAGUUUUCAGCGGGGGAGCAUUCUUUGAUUACAGAUCUCUUUGUACUCCUUUGACCAGAGCCCAUUGCCCUUGCUGUGUGACUUGCCAAAGGCCAGCCUCUGCUGCUGUCCCCUCACGCCUCCUGUGUACAGACUUCUCUCAAGGGCUCCAAGGGCUGAGCAGCCUUCUGCCCUGGCUCACAGCUGGCAUCGUGUGUCUGCUGUCACCCAGCUGCUGCUCAGCCCCAGCACUGCUCCGCAGGCUCUCAUCCUCUGCUUUAAUCCCUCCCAGAAGUGACAAAUUCUUCUCUCACUGGGUACAAUGGCUGCUGCUGACCCAGCUCAAGCCCUGUUGAUCCUUUCCUGACGUGCACAAGUGACCUUUGGCUUCACAGAACCUCCUCUCGGGGCUAGCCCUGGUCCCCAGGGGAGUGCUGCCGGUGUGACACAGCACGCUGAGCACCUCUGCCACGCUGUCAGGGCCCUUGGAGAUGAGAGAGUGGCUGAUGGAGGUCUGGCCCCACCUUUGGAGGGGUCCAGCAGAGCCUUUGGGAGCUCCCCAGAGCUCUCUUUGCACACUGACACUCCUGGUCACUUGGAGAAGUUCGGAGAGAGCACAGCA